AAAUAUUUUCAUGUUUAAAGCAUAGUGAAUAGCAUAUUGGGGCUUUUGCCAAAGAGGCAAGAUGAGUCACGUACAAACUACAGAAAAUUUAAAAAUUGUAUCCUUAGAUGUUAAGGACCUUCGCUUUCCUACAUCCUUGCACGCUGAUGGCUCAGAUGCUAUGCAUACUGACCCUGAUUAUUCCUGCGCUUAUGUCACUAUAACACUACAGACAGGUUUGGAAGGACAUGGUCUAACAUUUACGCUAGGUAGAGGUACAGAAAUUGUUGUACAAGCAGUAAAAACCUUAAGCUCGCUAGUUGUUGGUCAAGUUGUAACUGAUAUUUAUAAAGAAUUUGGCACAUUCUGGCGAUCCCUGACUAGUGAAAGCCAACUGAGAUGGAUUGGUCCCGAAAAAGGAGUUACUCAUCUUGCAACUGCUGCGAUCAUAAAUGCCUUAUGGGACUUGUGGGGUAAAUUAUUGAAAAAACCCGUUUGGCAACUUCUUGCAGACCUCGAACCGGAACAAUUGAUAGCAUGUAUUGACUUCAGGUACUUAACAAAUGUGAUUACAAAAGAAGAAGCCCUCGAAUUACUUAAACAAGGAAGGGUAGGCAAGCAAGAAAGAGUGAAUAAAUUAUUGGAAAUAGGAUAUCCUUGCUAUACAACACAAGCAGGUUGGCUGGGUUAUUCUAAUGAAAAAAUUAGUCAAUUGGCACAAAAGUACGUAGAUCUAGGAUUUACAGCUUUUAAAAUGAAAGUAGGGCAGAACUUACAUGAUGACAUCAAAAGAUUAGAAUUUGUAAGGAACAUAAUUGGCUGGGAUAAAAUAUUGAUGGUCGACGCUAACCAAGUAUGGGAGGUACAAGAAGCUAUCGACUGGAUGACCCAGUUGGCACAGUUCAAACCUCUUUGGAUUGAAGAGCCUACUUCUCCGGAUGACGUGUUGGGCCAUGCUCAAAUUUCCCAAGCUCUUAAACCCCUCGGCAUUGGUGUAGCCUCUGGAGAAAUGUGCUGCAACAGGGUAUUAUUUAAACAGUUCCUUCAGGCAGAUGCCAUUCAAUACUGUCAAAUCGAUUCUGCGAGAAUUGGAGGUGUUAAUGAGAUAUUAUCCGUAUAUCUAAUGGCCAAAAAGUUAGGAGUGAAAGUUUGUCCUCAUGCUGGUGGAGUUGGUCUCUGUGAGAUGGUACAGCAUUUGCAAAUGUGGGACUACGUAGCUCUUUCUGGAACAUCAGAGGGCAAAUUUAUUGAGUACAUAGAUCAGCAACACGAACAUUUUGUUAAUCCUACCAUUGUAGAAAAUGCUCAUUAUUUAGCACCUAGGACUCCUGGUUAUAAUGCUUCAUUUAAAAAGGAGGCAGUUGAAAACUACGAAUAUCCUAAUGGAAAAGAAUGGCAGAAUUUAUUCGCUAAAGGCAUUUUCAGCGAUCCUAGAAAACACACAUCGUAGACAUUUAUAUUGAGGUAAAUUUAUUAUAGAAAUUGUUAAUUAUUAGGUACACAAAGAUAAGGUUUUAAAAGGUGUUUUAUUUAUCUCAAAUGUGAAGUAAAAGAUAUUAGGUACUUGUUUUUAUCCAGCGUACUAGAGAUUGUUCAAUUGUUUUCCAAAAACUCGUGCUGAUAUUUUUUUAUAACAUAAUAUAUCAAUCAACUCGUUUUGAUUUAUGAAAAAUUUAUUAAAACGAAUAUGAACUCAAUAAUGUUGCAAUUUUAAUCUUACGAUAUUGUCGCAAUAUUUUUUUUUAAAUAAAUGUAUGAAAAGUAA